AUGUGCAUCGCCAUUGUGACGACGGCGCACCCCGAUUACCCAUUUGUACUGCUCAACAACAGAGAUGAAUAUCUCCAUCGCCCAACCGCAGAAGCGGACUGGUGGCCCGAGCCAGACUCACAGGUCCUAGGUGGCUACGACCUCCAUCGCCCUGUCCAUGGCACCUGGCUGGGCGUCACUCGCCAAGGCCGCGUUGCCGUGCUGACUAACUACCGCGAGGAGGACGAGACCAUUAUCCAGGGCGCUCGCAGCAGAGGCCUGAUUCCCAAUGCCUGGCUCAAGACGGAUCCCGAAAAGCACGAGAGCACCGACGAGUUUGCAAGGCGGAUGAUUGAGCAGGAUGGCGUCGAAGGCGUAGGAGGCUUCUCGCUAUUGUACGGCCUCAUGCAGGACGUGGUCAAGGAAGACGGAAAAGGCCUGGCCAUUGUGAGCAACCGCACGCCAGACGUCGACGGCGUGAUCCACCUCCUCCAGAACCCCGGUGAAACCCGUGCCCUCAGCAACGCCGCAUACAACGACCGCUCCUGGCCAAAAGUCACAAACGGCGAGGCCUGGACUCGCGAUGCCAUUGCAGCAUCGGUUGAUGCCAAGGAAUCCCGCGACCAGCUCAUCCAACGCCUCCUGGGCAUUCUGACCACCGACACGAUGCCCAAGCAAAAAGAGAAUGAAGAAUGGGACAUGUAUCUGAAUCAACUGCGUCACAGCAUCUUCAUCCCCUCCAUUGGCCGCGACCAUUUGGAGGAGCACAAGAUGCCUGCGCACGAAAUCGGCGACGUGGUCAAGAACAAGGCCGUCGACGCUACGAGUGGCUGCUAUGGCACGCAAAAGAAUAUCAUCAUCUUGUGCGACCGGCAAGGAAAGGUGACUUAUUUUGAACGGACGCUGUACGAUGUUGAUGCAAAGCCAAUCGCCGAGGGCAAGGGAGAUAGGUUGUAUGAAUACCAGGUGGAGGGUUGGUAG